CACUCUCUCACUCACCAUUUUUCCCCCUUCUCCCAAUCAAUGGAAAAUUGCUAUUUCCCCAUCUUCAAUCACGCCGACGAACCGCCGUGGCUCCUCCCUCCCUCCGCCGCCGCCGACGACCGAGCCGCCUCCGCCUCCCGAAGCCACAGCGAAGCCGAAAAACGCCGCCGAGACAGAAUCAACGCUCAGCUCUCCACUCUCCGCAAACUCAUCCCCAAAUCCGAAAAGAUGGACAAGGCGGCGCUGCUGGGGCACGUGGUGGAUCACGUGAAGGAGCAGCGGCAGAGGGCGAAGGAGGCGAGCGAAACCAGCGGCGGCGUGCCGAGCGAGACCGACGAGGUGAUCGUCGGUGAAGUUGAAGACGGAUCGGAGCAGAUCAAGGCGUCGAUCUGCUGCGACGAUCGGCCGGAGCUCUUCGCGGAGAUCGGGGGCGCGCUGAAGGCGCUGGAAGCCGCCGUUGUCGAAGCCGACAUCACGAGCUUGGGAGGGAGGAUCAGGGCUAAUUUCGUCAUUUCCCCUUCUCCUUCCGCCGCGAACCAGAGCGGUUCGAUUAAAAUGGCACUUACCCGGCUCCUCAUCUCGUCCGGGUCGGGUUACGGAGCCCGGAGCAAGAGGCAGCGGUUCUUUUAUCCCACUCCGCGUUGAACUUACUAAGGGAAAUCGCCGGGAAAAUUAUGAAAUCCGAUCAAAUGGUCCGUUCUACGGGUUUAAAAAUCAACUUGAGAAACCAUACAAUUUGAACGCGAUUAUACCACGACGAAAAACUGAUCGACUAUAUGUAAUAUAUUGUUGAUGUAUUCCAACCGACCUACGCCCUUUCUUUAAAAAUAGACGGCAUCAUUCAAUUCA